CCGGGCCAGUGGUGUGGAGUGGCAGUGGGCGGGCCCUCACCGGCUUAGCUAUGAUUGGCCCCCAGUCAGCGCUCCGCUUCCUCAUCAGUGAGCCCAUUGAGAAGGGUCGGCUAAUGCUGGAGCUGCUGUUAGUGCCUUUUCGACGCUGCCACUACCACAUGAUGACGACACUUUCACAGACAAAGGAGCUCUUCAGGAGAGCAGAUGCGGUCUGUUUCGAUGUGGACAGCACAGUCAUCAAAGAGGAAGGCAUUGACGAACUUGCCAAGUUCUGUGGUGUUGGAGAUGCAGUCACUGAGAUGACUCGCAAAGCCAUGGGCGGCUCAAUGACUUUUAAAACAGCCCUGACUGAGCGUCUCUCCAUCAUCCGAUGUUCCAGGGAACAAGUGAACAAACUGAUAACAGACCACCCACCUCAGCUGACUCCGGGUAUCAGGGAGCUCGUGGACCGUCUGCACCAGCGCAACAUAAAAGUGUUCCUCAUUUCUGGAGGCUUCCGCUGCAUCGUUGAACAUGUGGCCACUCAACUGAACAUUCCUCUGCAUCACAUCUACGCCAACCGGCUCAAGUUCUACUUCAACGGAGAGUAUGCUGGCUUUGAUGAGAGUCAGCCCACAGCUGAGAGCGGUGGAAAAGGAAAGGUCAUCAGCAUGCUGAAGGAACAAUAUGGCUUCAAGACUGUGGUGAUGAUCGGCGAUGGAGCCACUGAUCUAGAGGCCUGCCCUCCCGCUAGUGCUUUCAUUGGAUUUGGUGGGAAUGUCGUCAGGCAGCAGGUUAAGGAGAGGAGUUCAUGGUAUGUGACAAGUUUCGGGGAGCUGCUAAAAGAACUGGAGAAGAUCUAAAGAUUCUAAAAGAGUACUGUUACUAAUUUUGACAUUUUAUAUUUGCACCUAAGGGAGUGCCUCUAAUGGUUCCUUAGAUUCUCAAUAAAUUUUUAUAAUGGAAAUGUUUACACUAGUGAGACCAAUUUUACCUUCAUGGAGAUGUCACCCUGUUGAUUUUUAUACUAGACAAUAUUACAAUAACCAAACACUGUCUAUGUGAAGGGUUAAGAUGAUGAUUUUAGUGUUUUUGCACUUUUUGCAUUAAAGUCUUUAGGUAAGCUAAUACAACUCCUGCAUGUUAUUGCAUGUGCAAUGAGCAGUAGAAAUGUUUUAACUGUGUAUGAGUACUAAAAGCUGUAACUGGACAUGUCAGUGAGUGUGGUGACUUCAGUCCUGUAAAGAAGAUCAGCAAUAAACACAAGAACAUGCUGUCAAA